UCCUCCGCCGCCGCCGCCGCUCCUCCUCCUCUCCGCCGCCGCCGCAGGAACAAAUCCUGACCAUAAUGGCCACCUCCGCCAACGCCAGCGCCUUGCCUUACCUCGUCGCCGCCCCCGCGGCGCGCCGGCGCGGGGGCCACCGGAUCCGGGCUUUGUCGGCGCCGGCGCCGGUGGUGGAGGGGGCGAUGGACGUGGUGUCGGAGGCCGAGCUGCGGGAGAAGGGGUUCAUGGGCCUGCGGAAGACGAAGCUGGUGUGCACGGUGGGGCCCGCGUGCGUGGAGGCGCUCCCGGCGCUGGCGCGCGGCGGGAUGGGCGUGGCGCGGGUCAACCUGUGCCACGGCGGCCGCGAGUGGCACCGGGACGUGAUGCGCGAGGUGCGGCGGCUCAACGAGGAGGAAGGGUUCUGCGUCUCCCUGAUGGUUGACACCGAGGGCUCUCAGCUCCUCGUCGCCGACCACGGCGGCGCCGCCUCCGUCAAGGCCGAGGAUGGCUCUGAGUGGUUAUUUACAAGUAAAAGAACCGACGAAGCUCAUCCAUUCACAAUGCAUGUUAACUUUGAUAAGUUUUCUGAAGGCAUUCUAGUUGGUGACGAGCUUGUAAUUGAUGGUGGAAUGGCAACAUUUGAAGUUACUGAGAAGGUCGGAAAUGACUUGCGCUGUAAAUGCACUGACCCAGGUUUGCUUCUUCCCCGAGCCAAAUUGUCAUUCUGGAGGAAUGGAAAAUUAGUUGAAAGGAACUUUGGGCUUCCUACACUGUCAGCAAAGGACUGGGCUGACAUUGAAUUUGGGAUAUCUGAAGGAGUUGAUUGCAUUGCCCUUUCAUUUGUAAAAGAUGCUAAUGACAUCAAGUACCUCAAGACUUACCUCUCCAGAAAAUCAUUAGAACACAUCAAAAUAUUCGCAAAGGUUGAGAGUCUAGAAUCUCUCAAGAACUUGAAAGACAUCAUAGAGGCAUCUGAUGGAGUUAUGGUAGCUCGUGGUGAUCUUGGAGUUCAGAUUCCUCUAGAACAAAUCCCAGCCAUCCAAGAAGCGAUUGUUGAACUUUGUCGACAGUUGAACAAACCAGUGAUAGUUGCUUCUCAGCUUCUCGAAUCAAUGGUCGAAUAUCCAACACCAACUCGUGCAGAGGUGGCAGAUGUUUCUGAAGCAGUGCGGCAAUAUGCCGAUGCUGUAAUGUUAUCGGCGGAGUCAGCUAUAGGUGCAUAUCCCCAGAAAGCUCUAGCCGUCCUCCGUGCCGCAAGUGAGAGGAUGGAAUCAUGGAGCCGCGAAGAAAGCAUGCAGAAACUUCUUCCGCAACAUCAACUUGCGAUAGCUUUGCCUGAUAGGAUCUCAGAGCAAAUUUGCACCAGUGCUGCCGAAAUGGCAAACAACCUUGCGGUGGAUGCCAUCUUUGUUUACACGAACUAUGGCCACAUGGCAUCGCUUUUAUCGCGAAAUCGCCCCAACCCUCCCAUUUUUGCUUUCACUGAUAAUGCCAACUCAAGAAAGAGCAUGAACCUCUACUGGGGAGUAAUUCCACUCCAGCUACCACUGUCAGAUAGCAUGGAGGAUAACUUCAAGCGAACCAUCAAGCUUAUGAAGUCGAAGGGUUCAGUGAAAUCUGGAGACACAGUCUUGGUCGUCGCCGACUCCGAUCUGAAUCGACCCUGUGCUGCUACCUCAGUUUUCCAAUCCAUUCAAGUUCGAAUAGUGGACUAGGUUAGGCAUUGGUGAGCCACUACCCACUAGCUAGCAGCUGCAGAUCUGGAUGGCUGUUUUCAAACUGUACGUUGAUUAUGGAAAAUAUACUCGUGCGGAUUUCUUUUUGUAUUUGUUUUAGGUACAUAUAUUCAAUUCGAAUAAGGUUACCAUUUUGAUCGUGA